AUGUUAUAUCUCUGGGCCUCUGCUGUCGCCAAAGUGUCCAUCGCGCUCGCUUUGCUGCGAUUGACUGUACGCCAAGCGCAUCGCAUCAUUCUGUGGACCAUCAUCGGAGUUGUCACAGCCAUCGGCUUGAUGUUCUGGUUGGUCUUGCUCUUCGACUGCCACCCUGUCUCGUACUUCUGGUUGCGUCUAGAACCCACUCAUUCGGGAACCUGCCUGUCGAUCGGGACUCUGCUGGCUAUUGCCUACUUGUACAGCGCCAUCACCAUCUUCUGCGACCUCACUUUGGGCAUUUUGCCCGUGUUUUUGAUCUGGCGACUGCAGAUGAACGGUCGCACCAAGGUCGCACUGGGUGUGAUUCUCAGCCUCGGAGCCAUUGCGAGUGUUGCUGUCAUCAUUCGACUUCCCUUUCUUCAUCACUAUGGCGACACCGAUUUCCUCUAUUCCACAUACCAAAUCGCUAUUUGGUCCAUCAUUGAGACCGGACUUGGCAUUACGGCUGGCAGCCUCGUCACUUUACGCGCUCUAUGCCGCUGGUUCCUCGAGAACACCAGCACCCAAGGUCGUCGGGUUCCGGGGAAACAGGCCAGCGAUGGCCCCUACGCACUAUCCAGCUGGACGGGAGAGGCCUCGAAGAAGAGCAUGCGUGAUCCCCGAUAUUGGCGUCCUGACCUUGUUCCCGGUCAGAUGGAUCAUCUGACCGUCACCACGGUUUCCUCACCGAUGGCUGGGAGCCCACGGAGUGAUGCCAAUAGCAGCCAGGAGAUACUGAACCCGGAGGGAGAAGCCUGGUAUCAUGGAAACCAGGUCAGCAUUCACCAGACGUUUAAGCUAUCUGCGGGAGAGUGA